AUAGUUUUUACUAAACAAAUUCUAUAUAAACUUGGUCUGGUUUAGUCUAUUACUAACUUAUCUAUUAUCCUCAAAUGGGACAUGAUCAAAUUGUCUGGUGUUCUUUCCUUCUCUUCCACAUUUUCUUCACAACCCAUUUCUGUAAAGGAUCAGAUUCCAUCUCAUUAGGGCAAUCUCUCUCCGGUAACAAAACAUUAAUCUCCGCCGGCGAAAUAUUCGAGUUAGGGUUCUUCACGCCAGGUAACUCUCAAAACUACUACAUAGGAAUCUGGUACUACAAACAAUUUCAAAACAAAACCGUUGUAUGGGUUGCAAACAGAGAGCGUCCCGUUUCAAACCCAUCUUCUUCCCAACUCAAACUUCUUCCAAACGGAAACCUAGUUCUUCUAAACCAAUCAAAAUCCAUUAUCUGGUCAACAAAUUCCAUCUCAACGUUACAAAACCCAACCAGGGUUACCCUUCUUGAUAACGGUAACCUAGUAGUUCUGGAUACAUCGGAUUCUGCUAAGUUUAUUUGGCAGAGUUUCGAUUACCCGACCGAUCAUUGGCUUCCGGGUGGGAAAGUUGGGUUUAGUAAACUUAGAAAUUUAACGUAUUCUUUAUGUUCAUGGAGAAACUCGGAGAAUCCGGCUUCUAGUUUGUUUUCUGUUGAGGUUAAGCCAAGUAGUAGCCAUGCUCUGUUAUGGAAUCAUUCGAAAUUGUAUUGGGAAAGUGGUGAAUGGGAUGGGAAGGUUUUCAAAUAUGUCCCUGAAAUAGCUUUGGAUUAUUAUGUUAAGAACAUUACUUAUGUAUCGAAUGAAAAUGAAAGCUAUUUCACUUAUGAAUCUGCAAUUAGCUCUGCUUUUACUCGAUUCUCUAUCGGUCUUAAUGGUCAGUUAGAACAGUUUGUUUGGCAGAGUAAAGGGUUUCAAGAUUGGAGUAAACUAUGGACUCGACCACCCGAAAGAUGCGAAGUUUACCGUUAUUGUGGCUCGUUUGGUAUAUGUAGUCAGAAUUUACCCGUUUGUUCUUGCGCAAUCGGAUUCAGGCCAAGUAAUCAACACAAUUGGGAUUUGGGAGAUCAUUCGGAAGGGUGUGUAAGGGACGUUGCUAAUAGGGAAUUGAAUUGCAGCCAAUCCGGGUUUUCGAUCGUAAGGGAUAUACGUUAUGCGGUGAACUCGGAAUUGGUUAUGGCGGUUGGGAGUGUUAGUGAAUGUCGAUUGGCUUGUUUGAGGAAUUGUUCGUGUAAUGCCUAUGGUUACGAUAAUGGGUGUUUGAUUUGGAAUGAGGAAAUGUUCGGACUUCGACAAUUGUCUGAGGGUGAUACAAGUGGGAGAGUUCUUUAUGUUAAAACGUUUAUGGAGUUAACUGAAAUGGAAGGAAAGAAGGCGGGGAUCAGGAAAUUAACGGUUUGGAUAAUUGUCGGAUCGGUUUUGGGGUUCGUUGUCAUAUCCAGCGGUUUCGGUUUUCUUUUAGUAUUGAUGUCGAGAAGGAGAAAAGUAUCUAGAUCCGCGGCUGAGGAUUCGUUGUUCGUGUUCAAGUUGGGGGAAUUGAAGUCCGCGACAAAGAACUUCUCCGAGAAACUAGGAGAAGGAGGGUUCGGUUCGGUUUUCAAAGGCACAAUAUCGCAAUCGACGAAUUCAUUUCAUGUUGCGGUGAAAGUGAUCAAGAAUAUGAAACAAGGAGAGAAACAAUUCCGAUCGGAGGUUAGCACGAUCGGAAACGUACACCACGUAAACCUCGUCCGUCUUCGUGGCUUGUGCAUGGAAAACACGAAAAGGAUAUUGGUUUAUGAAUAUAUGCCAAAGGGUUCCUUAGAGUCUCACUUGUUUAACAAUGACUCCUUUUUAUUGGAUUGGAAAACGAGGUAUGGUAUCGCGGUUGGCACGGCGAGGGGGCUCACUUAUCUUCAUGAGGGUUGUCGAGAUCGAAUCAUACAUUGCGAUAUCAAGCCGGAAAACAUAUUAUUGGACGAGAAUUACGUACCAAAAGUUGCGGAUUUCGGAAUGGCGAAGCUUCUCGGGCGAGAAUUUAGUCGUGUUUUGACUACAAUGAGAGGCACGAGAGGUUAUCUUGCUCCGGAGUGGAUAUCGGGAGAUGCUAUAACUCCGAAGGCCGAUGUUUUUAGUCUCGGGAUGGUAUUAUUCGAGAUUAUAUCGGGGAAAAGGAACCGAGAGUCGUCGGUUGAUAACGAAGGGGAAGGGAAUUACUAUUAUUUUCCGGCUCGUGUGGCAAACGCUUUGAACAAUAAUGGUGGUGAGAUUGGCGGUUUGUUGGAUAAGCGGUUGACAAUUGAUGACAAUUCGAAUAGGGAAGAGAUUGUGAGAGUUUGCAAGGUGGCUUGUUGGUGUAUACAAGACAACGAAAAAGACAGACCGAACAUGGCACAAGUGGUUCAAAUGUUGGAAGGAAUUGUGGAGGUAGAGAUUCCUCCAAUUCCUCGUUUUCUUCAUGGACUUUCGAACACUAAUGCGGAUAAAGAUCAAGUUUUUUAUCAUUCAUCAUCUUCCCAGGAGGUUUGAGAUUGAAUUAUUUUUAAGUUUGAAAUUCACACUUUUUUUUUUGGUUUGAAUAUAGGAAUUUUGGGAAGUUUGUUCACUUAAAUAAUUACCAUUGUAACUUCUAUUCCAAUUGGU